AUGGGUUCAUCAGAUCGGACGGGUAAAGCUAUCGUCCAGGACGAUGACAAUAUGACACUCGCUACUUUGAGAAGCAAGACGCGUCCUUCCGGCGACCAGUUGAGAAUUCUCAGAGGAGCCAUCCGUGCGGGUGCGGCUGAAGAGCGCCGUAAAAAGGCGGCGGAGGAUGCUGCGGAGGCCGUGAGGGCGGCAGAAGAAGCUGCUGCAACUGAGGCGCGGAUCGGGAUGACGAAGGAACAUCGGUUCCCGAUCACGCAAGGCUUGAAGGGGAGAGUAGAUAACCCUGAUUCCAUCGAGGUCCAAAUUCCCAAGUCUCACAAGAGGCCUUAUGAUGUUCCAUCGGGAUGGUUCUGUGUUUAUGAAUGCUUUUGCAUGGAGUUUGGGAUGAGAUUCCUUCUUCCUUUUUUGCUGUUGAAGUUCGCGUCUGAGCGCGGUGUUGCCGUGAGUCAGUUGAAGACAUUAUCCUGA